UCUAGCCAACUCUGGAGGACUACACUUGUUUUUUUUUUUGGCUGUGAGAGGCCCGGCAGCUUCGGCUGAGCUCGGAGAAAGAUGGCGGCAGCUGUGCGGCAGGAUUUGGCCCAGCUCAUGAAUUCGAGCGGCUCUCAUAAAGAUCUGGCGGGCAAGUAUCGUCAGAUCCUGGAAAAAGCCAUUCAGUUAUCUGGGGCAGAACAACUAGAAGCUUUGAAAGCUUUUGUGGAAGCAAUGGUCAAUGAGAAUGUCAGCCUCGUGAUCUCGCGCCAGUUGCUAACUGAUUUCUGCACACAUCUCCCUAAUCUGCCUGAUAGCACAGCCAAAGAAAUCUAUCAUUUCACCUUGGAAAAAAUCCAGCCUAGAGUCAUUUCAUUUGAGGAGCAGGUUGCUUCCAUAAGACAGCAUCUUGCAUCCAUAUAUGAAAAAGAAGAAGAUUGGAGAAAUGCAGCCCAAGUGUUGGUGGGAAUUCCUUUGGAAACAGGACAAAAACAGUACAAUGUAGAUUAUAAACUGGAGACUUACCUGAAGAUUGCUAGGCUAUACCUGGAAGAUGAUGAUCCAGUCCAGGCAGAGGCUUACAUAAAUCGGGCGUCAUUGCUUCAGAAUGAAUCAACCAAUGAACAGUUACAGAUACAUUAUAAGGUAUGCUAUGCACGUGUUCUUGAUUAUAGAAGAAAAUUCAUUGAAGCUGCACAGAGGUACAAUGAGCUCUCUUACAAGACAAUAGUGCACGAAAGUGAAAGACUAGAGGCCUUAAAACACGCUCUGCACUGUACCAUCUUAGCAUCAGCAGGACAGCAGCGUUCUCGGAUGCUGGCUACUCUUUUCAAGGAUGAAAGGUGCCAACAACUUGCUGCUUAUGGAAUCCUAGAGAAAAUGUACCUAGAUAGGAUAAUCAGAGGAAAUCAACUUCAGGAAUUUGCUGCCAUGCUGAUGCCUCACCAGAAAGCAACUACAGCUGAUGGUUCUAGCAUCUUGGACAGAGCUGUUAUUGAACACAAUUUAUUGUCUGCAAGCAAAUUAUAUAAUAAUAUUACCUUUGAAGAACUUGGAGCCCUUUUAGAGAUUCCUGCAGCUAAGGCAGAAAAGAUAGCAUCACAAAUGAUAACAGAAGGACGUAUGAAUGGAUUUAUUGAUCAGAUUGAUGGAAUAGUUCAUUUUGAAACACGAGAAGCCCUGCCAACAUGGGACAAACAGAUCCAGUCGCUGUGUUUCCAGGUGAAUAACCUUUUGGAGAAAAUUAGUCAGACAGCACCAGAAUGGACAGCACAAGCCAUGGAAGCCCAGAUGGCUCAGUGAAUCUUGCAGACCUUCUGUGCACACUACAUCUUUUUCCAUGUUGUACAGAGUAAUUUCACUAUCUCUGAAAAGCAUUUGCAUCAUGACCUUACAUAUUUCAACCCCUUUUAUGCUGGAUUCUAUUUAAAGAAGACAUUAUUAGAGCAAGAAGUGCAAGUGUUGAAAAAUAUGUAGUUCCCAUUUAUUCAGGGUCUCUGUGUAUCAAGCUAACUCAGAUGUUUUGAAAGCUUUUUCUUCAAACAGAGUAAGUGAAGUAUCUGUGACUAAAAAGUUUGGGAUUUGUGAUAACUUUGUAGUCAUGUAAAACUUAAGUGCUUUGUGCCUCUCCACACAUGGUUAUUCUAAUAAAUGGAGAAGUGAGCCAAA